AUGUGUUUAAAUACCAGAUAUAUUGACCUAGUGAAUCACUACAAUGCAUUGUCUUAUGAUUCUCCAGCGUUUGCCAAUCUAGCUUUUUGGCGUUGUCAACAGUUAUGUCAUGUGAAAUAUAGAUGUGCACUAUGGGGUGAACAUCAACAAGUUUUAAAUUCACUUCGUAUUGUUUUAAAUCAGGAAAUAAAUGUUGAAUUAGCUUCAAUGUUAGAAAAGUGCAAUCGAGCAUAUGAAUGUCCAACAGUUAAAAUGAACUUAAUGAAAGAUCAAUAUGAACGUCGAUUAACUGAUUAA